AAAAACUCUCGAAACCGCUACUUUAUAACCUCCUCCACACCAGAAGAAGGUAAAAAAAAAACGGAAUCGCCAUCAUACAACUACAAUAACUAUAACAAUGAUGAAGCAAAUUAGUGGUAAAUCACUGAUUGCGCUCCUUCUUGUUUUCAUCCUCACGAUGGUAGCUACUACCGCCGUGGUUGAAACAAGGGAACAAUCAAUCGAGUCAGAGGUGGCUCGUCUUGUCCAAUUGAAGGCUAAACUUCGUGAAAAGUGGAAUCCUAAUGCCUAUUUAUCUGAACGUAUUUUAAAGAUUGCUAAAAAGUUUUCAAUUUCAAUUCCACGUCGUUGUAAGAGAAGAAUUUCUGAGGAAACUAUUGAAAUUAUUAGAAGAUUGGCUGAAUGUCCAAAGAAUACUAAACCUUCUGAACCAACUAAACCAACCAAACCAACUGAGCCAAGUAAACCAACUGAACCAUCAAAGCCAACUGAGCCAACUACUCCAACUGAACCAACUAAACCUGGUAAGGAAUGUCCAGCUUUGAAGUGUAAGAGAGUUUGUGGAACUCGUGGAUAUAAGAAAAAUUCAAGAGGAUGUGAUACUUGUAAGUGUAACAAGAAGCCAACUAAACCAACCAAGCCAGGAAAGGGUUGUCCACACGUUUCUUGUCCAAAAUCAUGUCAAUCUGGAUCUAGUAUUGGUAUUGAUCAAAAGACUGGAUGUUUGGCUUGUACUUGUAAACCAACCAAGCCAACUGAGCCAACCACUCCAAGUGAACCAACUAAACCAACUACUCCAACUCAACCUGAAACACCAACUACUCCAACUGAGCCAACUCAACCUGAAAAGCCUACUGUUCCAGUAACUCCAACUGAACCAACUCAACCUACUGAACCAAGUAAGCCAACUGAGCCAACCACUCCAACUACUCCAACUGAGCCAACUCAACCAACUACUCCAACUGUUCCAACCAAGCCAACUAGACCAACCAGACCAACCAGACCAAGAAGACCAACUAGACCUAGAAGACCAACUAGACCAAGAAGACCAACUAGACCAACCAAGCCAACAAGACCUGGUCGUCCAACUAGACCUUCUCGUCCAAGCAGACCAUCUAGACCAAGCCGUCCAAGUAGACCAUCUAGACCUUCCAGACCAAGCAGACCAACUCGUCCAUCUAGACCUUCUAGACCUUCUAGACCAAGUAGACCAUCUAGACCAUCCACACCAAGUCGUCCAUCUAGACCAAGCAGACCAUCCAGACCUAGUCCAUCAAGACCAGGUAGAUCUUCACCAGGUAGAGGUGGUGGUGGUGGAAGAGGAGGUAGAGGUAGAGGAGAUCCUCAUUUCACUACAAUUGUUGGACAUCAAGAUGUAUUAUUCAACGGAAUUGGUGACUUUAUUCUUGCUGAGACAGUUGACAAGGAAUUCGUUGCCCACGUUCGUAUUGCCAAAUGGAAUGGUGACAAGGGAGAUGCUACUGUCAACGUUGCUGCUGCUGUUAAGGCCGGUUCUGAUACUAUUGAAUUCGAUAGCAAGUCAAAGAAGUUUUAUUUGAAUAAGAAGCGUGCCAUUUUCGCCAUUGGUAGAAAGUAUGAAUUGGAUGGUGGUUACUUGUUGAGAAAGACUGAAAAGUCAUUCAUUGUCAAGUCUAACGAUGGAGCUGAAUUCUUCGGUGAAUACUUUGUUUUGCACGAUGGUAGAAGUUAUAUGGAUGUUUCAGUUGAUGCUCCAAAGGAUGUUGAAUUCGAAAGAGGAUUAAUUGUUAACGGAAAGGACUCUGGUGUUGCUGAAGGAUUAUUCAGAAACCACAAGCAAAGAAAGGUCUUGCCAAAGGCCAAGCUCAAUAUUCCAAAAUGGGCUUUGGAUGCUUGUGCCAAGAAGGGUGUCACUGGAAGACGUUUGAAGGACUGUGCCUAUGACAUUACUGUCACUGGUAAGGAAUUCGCCAAGGAAAUUGCCAAGGAUGAAGCCAAGUUCAAUAAGAGAGCCGAUAAGGUUGUCAAAAAGAACAAAUAAAUUAUUGUAACAAUUAUUUCUCAAA